AUGAGUCGACCUCCGCCACCUGCUGCGCCAUCAGCUGCACCCAACAUCCCUACAGCUGCUUCUGGUCCAACAGGUCUUCAAGCAGGUAUGACACCUGAGGCAAAAACCAUUCCUAUCCUUUCCAAACAACGCAACAUGUCCCGACCACCUGUUCCCAUGCAAGUGCAGGCCCUGACUGGGACAUCGGCAACUGGCCAGGAAGCCACGCCCCCCGAGGCGCAAGCAAUGCCCAGAGUUCGGAACAUGAUUCAUCCAUCUGAACAGCCAGCUGGGGUUGCUGCAAAGACGGCUGCAGUUCUUAUCCCCGCACCAGGGGAGGCGCCAACGUUUGUGCCUCUCAAACAGUGCAACUUGGCUCGACCACUUCCUCCACCUGCACUGGCGCCAACUAUGAACCAGCAAACUGGCGCGCCAAUUGAUCUGCCCACUGCAGCGAAACAUGAGCCAGCCACCUCACCCUGCGGCGCAGGGAGCAACAGAUGCAAUGCCCAACAAGCAACGGAAUAUGACCCGACCACCCCUUCCAGGCCCCGAUCCCACCUCAAGAAACAUGACCUGACCAACACUCCCUACAACUUUGAAUACAUCUGGGCUGAUCCUGAUUCGGAUGGUCAUGGGGUGAAGCACUGCCAAGAGUGGCUCAAAUCUGCUCUCAACCUACUUUCCCAGUGUAGGGACCCCCAACAAGUAUUGGAGCUGCUGUGCCGUCAAAAACACGAGGAGUUGUACCGACUUGAAAUGCACCUCAGGGGCCUGGAACUCGCGGAGUUGGAGCUUCAGGAUGCUCGGAAGAGUAUUCGUGCUGCGGUGCCCAAGGGAGAGGGUCAAGAUGACAACUAA